AUGGAUGAAGGCAAGUUUGUUGAAGAAACAAAAUUUAGUGGUUCUUCAAUUUUUGAUAUAAUAAUUAAUCCAACUUUUGCACUUGAGACAACAAUAAAUUAUGUCGAAUUAAUAAACAACAACCUCAAAGUAGUUGAUGGAAUUAAUUAUCAGGAUGGAACAAUUUUAUUAAGAUUGUUGGAUCCUUUAAAAUACUGUAAUGAGAGUACAGUCUAUUUACGAUUAGUCCAUACAAAUAGAACCAUUACAACUUUAGAUUUAAAUAAUUUGAAUAUUCCACGUGAAAAUUUUUGCUACAACCCUACAUUGGUUGCUAAUAGUAAACAAAGCAGUGGUAGCAGUAGUGGUGAUAGCAUUACAAUAAAUGCUAUAGCUUAUAAAUAUAUAUUAAUAAAUUAUUUUUGUGAUCAUUCCAUUUCUAAUAAAGUUUGUGGUGAUGUCAUUACUUGGACUGGUGAAUUAGUAAGUACAAUUGAAUUUGAGAAUGUAUGCAAUGAUAGUAGAAUUAUUCAAAGCCAUAAAAAAGAUGAUGGAUUUUUACGUGUGUGUUAUGUUGAAGAUGAAAAAGAAAUCAUUUGGACAAAAUACAGCGUACCAAACAUUGCUACUGGUACAAUAAUAGAAACUUCUACUGGAAAAUUAACAGAUAUAUCCAACUUUAACCCAAACAUUACAAAUUUCUUUUCAAGAGAAGAUGGAAGUUAUGCAAUGGUAACUUGUACAACUAGCACAAAAACAACUACUGAUAGCAAUCAAUUUACUGGAGAUUGGACAAUUUCUGUAACAUUUUUAUCCGUUGACAAUAAUCCGCAACAAACAGGCCCUUUUGAGUUAUAUAAAACCAAAACAAGUAGUAGUGGUUUGAUUGAUAUUGUUAAUAUUCAUAGGUGUGAUCUUGCCUAUUACUUUUCAGGAUACAGUUGUCUGAUCACAAUUGUUAGAUCGACAAACAUAUCAUAUAUAGAUAUUGAUUUCACAUCUUCGGGUAAAUUGAAUUCAUUAACACCAGAAUUUUCAAUUGCUCAAAUUUCCAAUACAACAACAACAACAAUAUGGGAUGUUCAACCAUUGUAUUAUGGCGGGUAUGUUAUUUUAGUAGAGGCUGCUCCAACUGGUAAUGUUGAAGGACAUAUUUGUAGUAAUAAUGGCACUUAUUUUGGAAAUUGGGGCUUCUCAGGCCAAUAUGAAUACACCAAUAAAAUUGCAGGAGUUCUACCUGACAAUACACUAUGGACAAUACCUAAACAACCAACUGGAAAUUGCUCUUGGACAUGUUUAUUGACUGAUACUUUAACCACUUAUAGUACAGUUCAGAGUAAUAAUAUUAGUUUUAGUAUUAUCGGUAAAUUUCCUGGUGGUCCUGGAGGUUAUGGAUCUGACAGUAUAUUGUCAACGAUACCAGAAAAAAAUUCAAGCAUAAUAUCUGCAAACACUGAUUCAAUCACAAUAUCUUAUACUAAACCAGUUACAAAAUCUUCAGGAAACGUUAAUAUUUACCAAAUACGUUCUAGCACAGACACUAGUAUUAAUAACAGUGAUGAUUAUUAUGAUGAGAGUGAAGAUGUAUUGCGUCAAUCAUGCUCUGGCCAAUCUGAUUAUGUUCAAAUCUUAGGAACUGAAGGGAGCAUUAAAAAUUUUGUAGUCAGGGAUGAAUUGUAUGUCAAUUAUGAUUCAAGUUCUGUCAGCUGUAUAAUCCGAUUAACACCAGAAGGUACAACAUAUUACAUAUCAUUAUCAAAAAAUGAUCAAUUGGAUUUUGUUGGUAAAUUGUCAAAUGAAUUAUCCAAUGCACUUCCAUGUGAUGCAACACGUAUAAAAAUACCAACAAAAUUUCAAUACAGUCAUGAUAAUAACAACAACUAUAGUAGUAUAAAUGAUAAUCUUACAUUCAAAAAUUAUGAAAUGAAUAUCACAGCUAGCUCAACUGAUCAAAUAUUUAUGAGAGUCAAUAUCGAGGGAACAUUGUCAAGAACAGAGUUGAGUGCAAUACAAUUAUCAAGUGAUUUGAAUGAAUUGAUAAUAAAUAAAAAUGUUACGUUGUUAUCUAAAGGAUUAUACACUAAUUUGAUUGACUCUGGCUAUGGGGCUGAACAAAUAGCCAUGGGAACUCGUAAAUAUAAAUUGGCACAAAACCUUUUGGCAAUUACUAUGUUUAUAUUUAUCACAAUAGAUUUUUGCUUGGAUAUUGCUUUUGUAUCUAUACAUGGAAAAGAUUUCAAAUGGUUAUAUCUUCCAAGAACAGAAGCGUCGGAAGUUUCCGAUACACCAACAACUUCUUCAUACUCUUCUUCUUUUACCUCAAGAGAAAAAUUAUUGACAUCCUUUAAUAGUUAUAAUAAAUUGAUAUUGAUUGGUAGAAUGUUUAGCUUUAUGGUCGAAGAUAGUGCUCAUUUAUUUAUUUUAAUAUUGUAUCGAGAAUUUUCGAUAACUCCAGCUAUAAUACCAAUGUUAUCCUUUAGUGCAGCUACAACUGUAUUGAUACUUAAGUCAAUGCUUAUUAUUCUUGGAAUAUAUUUGAAUAGUUUUGGUAGUAUCAUCGUUGAUAGUAGCGAUCGUGAUGAAUACGAUGAUCGAAAAUCAGUUCUUGAUAACGUAAAAGAAAAAAAUGGUAGCGGUAGAAGAAAGAAAAGCUCUAGUAUGAGUAGAAAGGGUAGCAAAGAUAUAUAUGAUGAUACUUAUAGCAGUUCUGGGGGGAAGAAAAAGAGAAAUAAUAAAAGUAGUAAUGAAGAAAGAAGAUCAGCGUUGUCAAUGUUUGAUGUUGAUGAAGAUAAUAAAAAAUCUACUAAAUCAAGAUCCGUCAAUAAGGAAAAGAACAUUGCCCCCGUCGUCACUGACAAUAUUGAUAAUACUAAUGAUGCCAAUGUAUUAUUUUCAUCAUCACCAAUAUUAUCGGAUACACAGGCACCUAAUAUCGACAAUGAUCUAAAAAGUGGUGAAUUAAAAGCAGCAAUUGGCAAGAACAUUGAUGAUAACGAUAGUAGUGAUUCUCAGAAACCUGAAGAUGAUGAUUAUGGAAAACAAGAUGAAUCUGCUUCAAUUUAUAAAAACAUCACAAGUGGAAUAUUAGAAACUGAUAAAGUUGACACAUCAUCAACAGGAGUUCGUUACGAAUAUUUGAAACUCGAAAACGAACGAACAGAAUUCACAACAGGAUUCAUCAACAUUGUUUCACAAAUAACAAUAGAAAUGACUUAUUUUCAACAAGACACGAAAAUGGAUUUGGAUCAAAAUCCUAUCAUGGUAUUGAGUGAAAUUCGUAAAGUAAUUCCUAUCGAGCUGCAAGAAUACUUGAACAUUUUUGAAGAUUUAUAUGAUCGCAAGUUAUGGCAUCAACUCACCUUAAAGAUGGAGGAAUUCUUUUCAGAACAAGACUCAGGCCCCUUUCAAAUACCUUUGUUUAGAUAUUUCAUAUCAGAUUGGGAGAACAAGAUGAAUAAACUUAAACUUGUGACAUUGGGGUUGAGUGUUUUGAAACAAUUCGGCGAUUAUAAUCAGGCCUUGGAAUUUUUAACAUCGCUUGUUGAAAAGGUCAAUUCACCCGAAACACAUGAUGCAUAUGUUCUUGCUGUAAUGGAAACUGCUUAUAUAAAAUUGAUGUUAAAUGAUCUUGAAGGCACAAAAUCAGCAAUAGACGAAUGUGAGAAAAUUCUCGAUUCAUUUGAUUCUGUAGAAACCAUUAUACAUGCAAGUUAUUAUCGUGUCUGUGCCGAAUUUUAUAAGGUAAAAGCAGAAUACGCAGAAUAUUAUAAAAGUGCUUUACUCUAUUUGGCAUGUAUUCAACUCGAUGAUUUAAAACCCGAGGAAAAAGUUCAGAGAGCAUAUUUAUUAGCAAUCAGUGCACUUUUAAGUGAUUCAAUUUAUAAUUUUGGAGAAUUGAAAGUUCAUCCAAUUUUGAAUUCACUAGAAAAUACAACUUAUGAAUGGCUGAAAAACUUAUUAAUUGCAUUUAAUGCUGGAGACAUAGGAAAAUUUGAAAUGUUGUCAGUUAAUUUUUCACAAGAGGUUGAAUAUCUUGUAAUGAAAGCUCUUUCACUUAAAUUAAUUCGUGGUUCAAUUGAUCAAGUGGGCGAAGUAGUUGUAGUGACAUGGGUCCAACCACGUGCUUUGGAAUUAGAACAAAUUGAUAAUAUGAGACAAAGAUUACAAGAAUGGGAUGAAAAUGUAAAGAAAACAGCUUUAGCUGUGGAAAAUGAAACACCAGAAUUAUUUUUAACAUUAGUGUUUAAAAAUUAA